AUGUCUUUCUCUGUAAAAGGUCGAUCUGCAAUUGUGACGGGAGCGGGUUCAGGCAUCAACCUGUGCUUUGCCAAACUCCUCCUCGAGCACGGAUGCAAUGUCCUGAUCGCCGACCUAGCCCUGCGCCCAGAGGCACGGGUUGUCGUUGAUCAGUACGCAAUCCCAUCGAGUGCUCCACGAGCUGUUUUCCAAAAAACCGAUGUGACCGAUUGGAGACAACUAGAACAAAUGUUCGAAGUCGCGGAGCGGGAAUUCGGAGAGCUGGACAUUGUGUGCCCCGGAGCAGGAAUCUUCGAGCCCCACUGGACCAAUUUCUGGCGGCCUCCCGGUACGCCGGAGAGUCAAGACGCACGGCAUGGAGGCCGAUAUGCCCUAUUGGAUAUCAACUUGACACAUCCGAUCCGCACGACACAGCUAGCCAUCUCCCACUUUCUCCGGUAUGGGAACAAUCAGCGACGCAAGCAUAUCAUCCAUAUCUCCAGCAUUGCCGGCCAAAAUCCCAACCCGGGCGCCCCCAUCUACGUGGCCACCAAACAUGGCAUCAGCGGCCUGGUUCGAUCGUUGGCCAUCCUUGACAGCCAACGUGGGAUCCGCGUGACCGCAGUUGCGCCAGGAGUAAUUAAGACACCUCUUUGGACCGAACAUCCGGAAAAGUUGAAGAUAUUGGAUGAGAAGACGGAUGAAUGGGUGACGCCCGAGGAAGUGGCCCAGGUCAUGUUGGCGCUGAUCCAACAGGACACGGUGGGUGCGACUAUUGGGGAUCAGAAGGCCCAGGGCGCCCAGUUCCCGGUCAGUGGAGGGACCAUCCUGGAGGUUUCGAAGACGGUGCGUCCAGUGGAGGCGUUCAAUGAUCCGGGGCCGGGAGGACGGCCCGGCAAUACGGUUUCUGAAGGCAAGGUGAUAUUGGACGAGGUUUAUGGUACGCGACAUCCCCUGACCCUGACCCUGACGGGUGUCUCCCCGUGCUCCUUAUCGCUAACCGCCGGCCGGUGUCGCAGAAACGGAGCCAGAGGGAAACGAGCCCCCGGGCACCAUGGUGAAGCCACCUGGAUCAGUUGUGUGAUCAAUCUGGUCAAUACGAUUAUCGGGGCCGGUGUUCUGGCCAUGCCUCUCGCCAUCUCGCACAUGGGAAUCGUCCUCGGCGUCUUUGUGAUAUUGUGGUCGGGAAUUACGGCAGGGUUCGGUCUAUAUCUUCAGUCGCGGUGUGCGCAAUACCUGGAACGGGGCACGGCGUCCUUUUUCGCCUUAUCGCAACUCACCUACCCGAAUGCGGCCGUGGUCUUCGAUGCUGCUAUCGCGAUCAAGUGUUUUGGAGUCGGAGUUAGCUACCUCAUCAUCAUUGGGGACCUGAUGCCGGGUGUCGUUCAGGGGUUCGUUGGCGGGGCUCCGGAUUACGAUUUCUUGGUGGACCGGCAUUUUUGGGUCACGGCUUUCAUGUUGAUUGUCAUCCCCCUCUCGUACCUCCGCCGAUUGGAUUCGCUCAAGUAUACGAGUAUUGCGGCUCUGGUCUCGAUGGCCUACCUGGUGGUUUUGGUUGUAUACCAUUUCGUGAAGGGGGACACCACGACUGAUCGGGGCCCCGUUCGCGUGAUUCAUUGGGCUGGCCCCGUUCCGACCCUCAGUAGCCUCCCGGUGAUUGUCUUUGCAUUUACUUGCCACCAAAAUAUGUUCUCCAUUCUGAACGAAAUUGGCAACAACAGCCACUUCCGAACCACUGGCGUUGUUUUUGCCAGCAUCGGCGGUGCUGCUGCCACCUACAUCCUGGUUGCCAUAACCGGUUACCUAUCGUUCGGAAACAGUGUGGGUGGCAACAUCGUGAGCAUGUACCCCCCCGGGCUGUGGGCCACGAUUGGACGGGCCGCUAUCGUCAUGCUUGUAAUGUUCUCGUACCCUCUGCAGUGCCACCCAUGUCGCGCCUCUGUCGACGCGGUGCUGCGUUGGAGACCUAAGUCUGCGUCUGCUAGCGACAAUUCGCCGCACCGGCACCCUCUUCUGGGCUCGAAGGGAACCCGAACCCCAGAGCCGAUGAGCGACCUUCGGUUCUCCGUCAUCACGACCACCAUUCUUGUCUUGAGUUACAUUGUGGCCAUGACAGUAUCCUCUCUCGAGGCUGUACUUGCUUAUGUUGGCAGUACUGGCAGUACCAGUAUCAGCUUCAUCCUCCCCGGCUUAUUCUACUACAAGAUCUCCUCUCCCGAUUCGCCCCACCACCAGCGUCUGUUGAAAGAGGACGACGAGGCAGAAGACGGCAUGAUAUCCGAUGACAGCAACGAUGACGCCGACGAGGAGAGCAUCCAGGCCCGGCCACUGACGGAAAGCGGCAUUCUUCGCCGUGGCACCCGCCAAUGGCGCAGAUCCCUGCUCCGCAAACUGAGCCUGGCGCUCGUAAUAUACGGCGUUGUGGUCAUGGUCGUUUGCUUGAUCACGAACUCUCUUUUUAUCGCUUCUCACUAG